CCAUGUUUUUUAACUCGCAUUACAGGGAGUUCUUGGGUGCUCAGAAAAGAGUCCAGAUAUUGGUCUACAAAGUGGAGGAUCAAGUAGCAGCAGUGCAAAUGCCUCCUUGUCUCCUCCUGUACUAACAGUUGCAUCCUCUAUGCCAGGUCUAAUCCCUAUCACCUCACUGCCUCUCCUACCACAGAGUGCACUCUCGUCAUUAGGAGCAACGUACACUACAAGUUCCUCUUCAUCCAGGACCACUUCACCUACUAUCUCCAUGCAACUCCCACAAACAGCCAAUUUUGCAACAAUAUUGGCUCCAGGUGGGACUGUGCCUUCAGGUACGGCUUUGCAGCUGGGUAAUCUUCAACCGACCACUCUUGGACAGAACAGCAUAAGCCAGCAAACAAGCUCAAGCACACAACCUCAGACAGUUUACAGGAUUCCUCAAGGUUCAGUAGCCUCUAUUGCAGGAGUUCGGACAUCAAAUAGUCAAGCUUCCAGUUCAGGAGCAUCACAACCUACUGCUGUUACGAUGGUUCCCAAUACACAACAAGAACUUUCAGUUAUGCCAGGUACAGUCAUGUACCAUGCCCAGCAUGGAGUUGUAUAUGCUACAUCUGCAAGCGGUAGUUUACCAGAGAUUAUUUUAAACCUUGGACAAUCUUCUCAAACAGCAUUUACUGUCCCCCAGAAUCAAGCUAGUGGUCAGCAGUUCAUCACAAUCCCAGUGCCAGUAACACUUACAGCUGCCCAGCAACAGCAGCAGUUGUUCCAAAGCUUCAGCCAGAAUGGCUCAUCAUCAACUGUCAAGACUACCUCAGGAGCAAAUCGACUCCAUAGCCCGCAGUACUUAACCACAGUGAAACGAGAAAAAGAUGGGAAGUAACUCUUGCUUUGUGUAGUUUGCAAUUCUCAAGUGCCUUAUGAUGCUUCAUCGAGCUUGUAAAUAUGUAUAUAAUAAUUUUCUUAUUUGUUAGUUGUGUGACUGGCCUAGUAGAACAUUAUAUAUUGCUUGCUGUGUAUACAAAACCAAGCCACAUUCUGUUAAAACCACAACAAACUAUCAUUAAUGUAUGUAAGUUUAGUUAAAACAAGGUUAACAAAAAUAAAAUAUCAAAUUCUGUGUGUCCUGUUGUCUUGAAAAGAAAAAAAUACUGAAUUAUUUAAGAAAAACUAUAUUUAAUUAAGUUAUUGAACUGUUAAGAAGCAUUUUUAUAGGUCACUAUUUAGAUAGCUCAUACACAUUUAAAACAGUUAUUUAGGUUCGAGUUUCACAUUAUCUAUCUCUCUAUAUAGUUUUUAAUGUAAAAUUAAUCUUUAUUUCUCUGUUUGAUGUUGUCACAUUGUUUGAAAUAGUACGUUUUGGGAUCCACAUAAUAAGAAAACACAGAG